AUGUCGGUACUCCCACGACAGGUGGAGUCAAAUUUGAUGCCAGAGGGGCGCGACAGCGCCACGCCCUCAUCCACGGAAAGCGAGGGCGACGACUACGAGGAAUCCGGUUCCGGGGCCGUCAUUCCACUGGAUGUCAUGUACGCCAUGGCCCGCAGCGUGGCGGAGGAGGAGGAUGCGCUGUCGCAGCUUCAAAAGCCACAACAGGUCGCGCAAGAGGAGGAAAUGUUGCGCCGCCGCAGGGCAUUGCGAGCGCGGGUGGCGGCGGUGCGGCAGUUACUGCCCAGCAGCAAAGAACCUUUUGAGGACGAAGAAGGCCGGCCAAACGCCGUCAGCAUCGCCAUUGCGCCAUCCAACCCAGAUUCAGAGGUGAACGCUUCUCCCGUCAAUAAACUGCGGGCCCAUCUGCCACGCUCAACACUACUCUGGCAUUCCAUUUACAACAAUAUCCGCUAUCUUGUCGUUUCGGCGGCAUAUACCACUGGCGCCGACGUCCAAACCAGUCACGCACCAAAUGAGUACUAUCAAAGAACGACAUAUGAAUAA